AUGAGGCGCAAAAAGCAAGUACUAGGCGUAACAAGUAGAGUUAAAUGUGAAGAAGCACAAAUUAAAUUAACAGAAGAUAAAUAUAUUUCAAAAAAACCAUACAGAUGUUCAAUACCUGAUCAAAAAGAAAUAGAAUCGCAAAUUACAAAUUUAUUAAAAGCGGGUCUUAUUGAAGAAACUAAUUCGCCUUUUGCAGCCCCAGUUACACUAGUGUACAAAAAAGAAGAUGGUUGUAGAUCUCGUUUAUGUAUUGAUUUUAGAGAAUUAAAUAAAUUAGUUGUUUCUGAGCCACAGCCAUUUCCUCGAAUUGAAGACAUAAUGGUGAAAGCAAGAGAAUGUACCUGGUUUUCAGCUUUUGAUAUAAAUUCAGCAUUUUGGUCUAUUCCAAUUAGGCAUAAAGAUAGAAAGAAAACAGCGUUUGUGACUCAAGACGGACACUGGCAAUGGACAUGCUUACCUUUUGGUUUAAAAAUAUCCCCUGCAAUAUUUCAAAGAACCUUAGCAAAUAUAUUAAGGAGAUAUAAUGUAAAUGAUUUUUGUAUAAAUUAUAUAGAUGAUAUUUUAGUUUUCUCAAAAACAUUUGAACAACAUGUGAAACAUAUAGAAGCUUUAUUACAAGCAAUUAAUGAAGAAGACCAUAAACCAUUAGAAACGUUAAAGGUAAAAGCAAGGACAGAUGAACCACUUGGAAAGCUUAUAUAUUACCUUUCACAAUAUAGUUUUAGGAUUAUAUAUGCACCUGGUAAGGAGAAUAUUGAAGCUGAUUCCUUAUCAAGAAAUCCAGUUUUAGAAAACUUUGAAAAUGAAGAAGAUAUAUUAAAAGUUGUAAAUAUGGUUACAUUAGAAGAAAUAAUUAGUGACCAACAAAAAAAUGCAAUUGAGAUUAAGGAUUCCAAAAGAGUAUUUGAAAAAGGAAAUAUCAAAUUUAAAUACCUUAAAAAUAGACAAAGAAUUUACAUUUCUCAGGAAUUUGGUUUAUUAUUAAUUAAGAAAAUACAUGAAUAUUAUGGUCACAUUGUUGAUUGCCCAGAAUCAAAUGGAUUAAAUGAAAGACUAAACCAAACAUUGGUAAACAGAAUACGAUGUAAAAUUAAUAGUGGAGAUAAAAAAGCAUGGUCUAAGAUAGCGGAGGAAUGUGUAGAGGAAUACAACAAUACAACACAUAGUGUAACAAAAUUUUCACCGUCUUAUCUAUUAUUUGGUGUAAAGUCUUAUAUAGUACCAAAUGAACUUCAAGAAAAAACUUUUAAUUUAGAAAAAGAUAGAGAACAAGCUAUAAUAAAUUCUAAUAAAAAUUAUGAAAAAAAUAAAAAAAGAGUAGACAAAACAGGAAAAGAACAUACAUUUAAAGAAAAUGAGACAUUAGAAAAAGAGGAGUUUUCUAACCCGUUAGAUUUUACUGAAGAAUUUGGUAGUCAUGAAGAAUUAAAUUACAAAAUUAAUCCAAAUCAUAUCAGCAAUGACGAAUAUUUAUAUUUCAAUUUAUUUUCAAGUUUUAACAACACAUUUAUCAUAGAAAACAAGAAAUAUAUAUGUCAGUAUGAUGAUAAUAUUGAUAAAAUCAAUGGGAAUAAAACGACUUCAUGGCUAUUAAAUAAUUCUAAUAAAGACUUGGAUGUUUUAUUACUUCAAAAGCAAUUCAUUGAUAAAAUUAAUAAAGCCAGGUUUAACAUACAUGAAGUACAACUUCUAUGGUCUGAAUUAAUUCAUAAAGCACUGCAUGAUAAUAAAGUCAUUUCAAAUUCCUACACUGAAAAUAAAUCAGCCGAAAAACUUAUUAUUUUACAUGCAAAGAAUUUCAUUAGGCAUUUUGAGGCAAAAUAUCCAGAAAGAAGAAAACUACUUAUUAUUCAUGAAAAUGAAAUGGGGUGUCAAAAAUGUAUUUGUACGGCAAUAAAACCAUGCAGGUUGACAUAUAGCGCUUUAAGUGAUUUGGAAAGUUAUAGUGUGUUCGUAGCCAACCAUAUUAAAUAUAAACCACUAGAAGAUCCUAUUAAUGUGCCAAAACAAAUAUUGUCACCGAGUAGAGUACUUGAGGUACAAACUGGAAAUUGCUUUGAAAUCGCCACCUUGUUAGUUUCUUUUUUAUUAGGUUUAGGUUAUAAUGCUUUUAUAGUUCAGGGUUAUGCUUCAAAAGAUAUAUGUACAAAUAAUUUUCGAAAUGUCAUUUUGGAUAUUCCUGACAAACAAAUUCAAAAACGAAUUGACAAGAUCAAAAUUGAAAAUGUGAAUGAGGAUUACGCUGAAGAUACAAUAAUUGAUCUUAGUAGUGAAUAUAUAAAAAUGGGAUUAGAAGAAAAUAAAAGAGAAAGUUUAAAAUUUGAAGAAAAUUAUAAGGAAAAUACAGAAAAUGAAUCUGAUUUUUUGCACGGGAAACGAAUUCACUGUUGGGUAAUGAUAUUACCCUUAGAAUAUCAAGAAAAUAUAAGCACAGGCAUAUAUUUUAUUGAGCCAAGUACAGGUAAACAGUGUGAAAUUUCUGAUCAAAAUUAUUAUAAAAUUGAAGCAAUAUGGAAUCAUAAAAAUUAUUGGGUUAAUUUACAAUUACCAGACAAAAAUUGUAUGCAUUACAAAUACGCUUUUGCUAAUUCAAAAUAUUGGGAGCAUUUAUUAAUAGAUGAACUGAACCAUCUGCACUAUAUUUUAAGACCAGUUGAUUCAAAUGCCUUGUACAAGUAUUUACGAAUGCCUACAUCUUGGGUCAAUAUGUUGGUGAUAUCAAAACAUAGAUAUCUCAUGACAUAUCCAAGUGGUAAAAAGUUAAUUCUGUAUGCAAAUGCCGUUAAAGAAUUGUAUGCUGACUAUGUGAUGCCAGAUGGAUUAGUUGAAAAAAUUACUUUUUACAAAAAUCAUCAAUACGAAAAAAAAACGUUUGCUAGAGAAUUAUAUAAAUAUAGAACUGAUCGACUUGUUUGUCUUGAUAUAGUGUAUAAUAGUUAUGAAACUGAGAUGACAGAAUAUUUCAGUUAUGGCAGAAAAGACUUUUUAAAAAUGCAUAAAUUUUAUUUUAAUGAAAACAACAUUGAAGACAGACGUUUAAUUUGUUUUUAUGAAACAACUAGUGUUGAAUCAUUAGUCGAAAUAUCUGUGGACAAAAAUUUGUUAGCAAUAAAAUUUAAUGAUAGACUUGAUUAUCUUUCUUGGCGCUUAUAUGAGUUUCAAACACCAUUAGAAAUAAGCGACAAUAUUUUCAAGACAACAAAGAAACCAAAAAUUAUUACAGAAAAAUAUUUGCGAGACAAAACAAAACCUAGUGACAUUGAUAUUGCUAUUCGGGAGUUUAAUUUAGAAAUGAAUACUAUUUGCAUUGAACAUCAUUACAAAAAAGAGAGGAUAACACGUUCUUCCCGAAUUUUUGCUAAAUCUUCAAACAACGAAAGUAAUCUGAAUAUUGACAAGACUACUCUAUUAGAAACUGAGGUUUAUCCCCAUGGAAAUCAACUAAAACCACAUGAAACUGAUAUGAUGAUUAAUGAUCUUUUAAUUACCGAGCAAAAAGCAAUAAAUGAUAUAUCACGUUUUAAAAGUAUUGUGACUUCGAUAUUACAGACGCGUUGUAAAGAAUGUUCAGAUUUUCAACUAACCAGUGUCUUCGAUGACUGGGACAGAAAUUUAGAAAGCAGACAAAUCAUUAAAAAUACAAUUAACAAAAAGGAAUUAUUAAAAAUAUGGUCAAUGAGUAAAAAGGAAAAUUGUUGGCUACACAUCAUGAAAAAAACAGAACAAUCACUUAUAUUAAAUGAAGUGGAAACAAUAAACAAACUUUGUUUAUUAGAUUUCAAUAAUUAUGUUAACAGUCAAUUUUUUUAUGCAAAUAACACUUUUAUAAUGGCAUAUGAUACGUUUCAAUCAAUAGUACUGUCAUUGGAAGAUAAUUUAACUAUGAACACUAAGCAAAUAGAAUCCUGUUUUUCAAUAUGUUCUUCAUUACGUGAUAAACUUGCAGAGUUGAUACUCAAAAUGGAAAGAUUCGAGACAAAACUGGUUGAAAGAUGUAACAAUUUUCUUUUGUAUUUAAAUACUGUUCAAAAAUAAUUUGUUUUAGCUUCGAUGCGAAGCUGAGUAGGUAUUGGUUUUACUAAGAUGUGUUUUUUUUUUGUGUCUGUUACCACUUUUUCUCAGCUCUCACCGAACCGAUUUCUUUCAAUGAUACGUCAAAAGAUCACAAAUCGUAUCUAGUCGAAGACAUUACCCUCAAAAAUUGAAAAAAAUUCCCUCGUUCCCCGUAAAUGGGGAAAACCUCCGAAAAAAUUACAAAUUUAAAAUGGCUAAUUUUCGAAAUUUUUUCAAUUUUUUUUACUAAAAACUGCCGUAACUUUAUUAAAAAUAAACAUAUCAAUAUAAUUCUUUUUUUUAUAGAUGCAUGAUGUCAUUACCUAUCAUUUGGUACAUUUUUUUUAUAAAUUUGACUUUUUACCUGCCCACAGGGGGGGAUUUAAAAUGACAACUUUUUUACAAAAAAUUAAUUUUUUCAACUUAACUUUUGAAAAUGUUCCGGAAGGUCUGACACUUUUAUAUAUAUCUUAAAUUAAAGCUAAUGUAAUAUAAUUUAUUAUGAAAAAAAAAAAUUUCGGACUUUAAUUUAUCUUUAGGGUAAAAAUG